AUGAGCUCCCCCGACGAGCUGGCGAGAGACACGCCGCCGCCCUACAAACGGCGAAGAACCGGCGACACGCCAUCGUCAGGCUCUAGCUCUCCCGAUGUGCUGGCCGGGAAUCCAGACGACUUUCUGCCGCCCAGGCGAUUGUCGCAGCGCCGCGCAGGCCUGAGCAAAAAAUCUGUCCGUCGAUCGCGAUCAGCUUCCAGCUCCGAGUCAAGAACGCGCUCACAAACACCCGUGCGCUCAUCACCGUCUCCAACAAGAUCCCCUCGCUCUCGACCGCGCUCGCAGUCCCCCACGUCCUCAAACCAAUCAAGAUCAGACUCCUUUUCUCCAGAACCGCAACAGCCCACUCCCACGCCUCCACGAGAGCCGCUCAAGCCCAAUUACAAAGCUCGGCUAGCCCUCCAUGGACACGCCAAAGCAGUCUCGCAAGUGCGCAUCUCGCCAAAUGGCCGCUUCAUCGCCUCUGCCUCUGCCGACGCGACGGUCAAAAUCUGGGAUGCCGCCACGGGAGCGCAUAUGGACACAUUGGUUGGCCACAUGGCUGGCGUGAGCUGCGUGGCGUGGACGCCAGACAGCAACACGCUUGCAAGUGGCUCGGACGACAAGGCGAUCCGGCUCUGGGAUCGAGUGACGGGUCGGCCCAAGACGACGGCGCGGAAAUCUGCAGGCCAAGAGAUGGCGCCGCUGAGAGGACAUCACAAUUACAUUCACUGCUUGGCUUUUUCGCCAAAGGGCAAUAUCCUUGCCAGCGGAUCCUACGACGAGGCCGUUUUUCUGUGGGACGUACGCGCAGGACGAUUAAUGAGGAGUCUUCCUGCCCACAGCGACCCGGUUGCAGGUAUCGACUUUUGCUGUGAUGGUACUUUGGUUGUGAGCUGCUCCACAGAUGGACUGAUCCGUGUAUGGGACACCUCGACCGGCCAAUGCUUGCGAACUCUUGUCCACGAGGACAAUCCCGCCGUGAGCAACGUAUGCUUCUCGCCCAACGGCCGCUUCGUCCUCGCCUUCAAUCUCGAUAACUGCAUCCGCCUAUGGGACUACGUUUCUGGAAGCGUCAAAAAGACCUAUCAAGGCCAUCGCAAUGAGAAAUUCUCCAUCGGCGGCUGUUUUGCCAUCCUCAACGGCGAAGCAUUCGUUGCCUCUGCCAGCGAAGAUGGAGAUGUCAUACUCUGGGACGUCAAGAACAAGGAGGUCCUCCAAAGAGUGCAGGGUCACAAGGGGGUGUGCUUCUGGGUGGACGUCCACGGUGAGACGAUGGUGACUGCAGGACAGGAUGGAUCAAUUAGGGUUUAUCGGCAUAUCGGGCUCUCUGAGGAAGUGAACGGGAAUGUCUGCCUGUCUGUUUACGUCGAGAGUAUGAUAGUGUUCUAUGGAGAAAAGAGAGCGUCUGCUUCCUGUUCUAUUCCCAGCUAG